AUGUUUUCAAAAAUACUCUCAGAUUCAAUAUGCAAAGAUGAAGUAAAUUUAUAAUAGAAAAUCUCAUCUACUCUGUCAGUAGAGAUGGAACCAUUUUCAGAUUUUGAAUCAAAUUUUCAUUGUACUAUUUUUUUUUUAUUUUUACUUAAUAGUGUCAUUCAAUACCAAAGAACCUUUAUAAUUUUAAGACACAGAAGAUCAAGAAAUGAUCUUUAAGAUUAAGGAGGAUGAUACGUCUCUGUAAUGUUAGAACUAAGAACUAAAUAAAAGAAAAUAAAAAAUUUGGAAUGAUGAAGAAGAUUCAAGACUUAAAUUUUUAUAUGUUGAAUUCUUAGGAAAAUGGAAUGAAAUUGCAAAACAUAUGCCUCAAAGAAAUGCAUCUUAAUGUUAACAAAGAUGGAGAAGAAUAAAUCCACCAAAAGAUGUAUUUUUAUUUAUUUAUUGAAUUAGUAAUCUAGACAUAUUUGGACUUAAUAAGAAGAUGAUCGAUUAAAAUAAUUAGUUUAAGAUAUUGGAAAACAAUGGAUGAAGAUUGCUAAAUGUAUUAUUAUUAUUAAAUUUAGGUUUUGGUAAUAUAACAGGAAAAUAAGCAAGAGAUAGAUAUAUAAACAAAUUGGAUUAAUCAAUAAACAAAUAGCCAUGGACUUAUGAAGAAGAUAUGUUCAUUUUGGAUUAAUAUAUAAAUAAUGGACCUAAAUGGACUAAAAUUUCGAAUCAUCUUAAUGGAAGACCUGUAAUUAUAACUUCUAUAUUCUAUAGGAAAAUCAUGUUAAGAAUAGAUUUUAUAGCUAUAUUAAAAGGAAAUAUUUGGGAGAAUAGAAUAGAUACCAAAUAAUAUAUUCCUGAAUGGCUUCUCAUUUUCUCAUCUAAAUGAGAAGCUCAAUAUUUAUUGAGUUAUAUAUAUAUAUACAUCGCGUU